AUGUCUGACUCUGAUUCAAAUUCAACAUCCUUCAGUCUUGAUUCAGGCUCAGACUCGGCAGAUGAAGGCACCCAAUGUCGUCCUGUGGCUCCACCGAGCAGUGGUGCUUCUAUUGAGCACUACCAAGAGGGUACCAUCAGUGUCGCAAUCGACAUCUGCAACAUCUGUGCAACACCAUCUGCAUCCGAAUCAACUGCAACCUCUGGUACAACUCCUGACUCAUUGAAGACCAGUGGUGUUGACAAGGUUAUUUUGGGCUUGGCUAAGAAGUAUGCGUUAAUUACGGAGAUGUUUCUCCCAGACAAAGUCAUUUUCCAAAUGGACUGUCCUGACCCUCCAGUUGACUUCUCAAGUCUGGCUUGUUAUGCAAAGAAGUCUACGGAAAAGUCCGCACUCAUCACUGAACUUUACACAUCCAUCGACUACACUGUUGCAUGCUCGGAUGCGAACAAAUCAUUUCUUCAACCAGUGGAAUGCAACAAGCUCGCUCUUCAGUUUCUCAACAGCCUGCAUUCUGUCGCAGGUGGCAUCUUCAACAUGCCCAACGAGUUUUUUGUCUCCAAAUACGACCGUAAUUCCCUCCCACAGGUCAUGGACUUGAUUGGAUGGGAAGCAGGCAAGGGCCAAGCAUAUGAUAUCUUCAAGCGCGCAGGUGGACCACCUUCCUAUGCCAAGAUAUGGAAACUCACGAGCUGCACUCCUGGCCUGAUUGCUUUUGGUGUCACAUCAAUCAUAUUAAUCCUAUCACCAGACCAGGAAUUUUCGGGCGAUGGUGUUGGCGCUAUUUUCUUGAUCUCGUAUCAUUCAAUCUUUAAGACUGUCAAGAAGAUUUUCAUCCUUAAGUGUGCACAUCAGCGCAUCAAAUCUGUCGUCGAGAAAAUCAAUGGAUAUGUAUUUGAUGGUACAGUAAAGACACAGCCAUCCAACGACACUUCAUGCACUGUAGAGCACAUCACCAAGUCACUCGAUCACAUCAUGGCUGCGCUGGAUGCCAGUGAUUCAGAUGAUUCAGACUUGAACCAGAGCGAUGAAGAAUUGGAAUAUGUUAACUUGCCAGCUACCAAAGACACACAUCAUUCCACUGCAGCCACAGCUGUAACCAUUACACCCUCGACUCCGAGUCCUAGUGUAAGUGCCGCAGUGGCAGCACCUGACAGGCCCACUGUGACCUCGGACAUUCGAGAUUAUCCCGAUGCCCCGCACACUUCCAUUUUGACCCCACAACUCCCCACUUUUAUGGCACUGCAAGCAGAGAUUUUGGGAGAUCCUGAGGGGUGA